AUGGGCAACCCUGGAGGAGGGGGCCACAGAUCUCUGCAACCUCAAGGACCUGUCCCUCAGCCCCUCCACUUUCCCUCUCCUCCCUUCCAACCCCUGUCUCACGUAGGGACCUUCACUAUCCGGCUGCUUCACACCUCUACCUUCCAAAACACCUCCUUUGUGGACACGGAGGGGAUAGGCCUGCUGGAAGACAUCGAACUUGGUUCUCUUGAUAAGCACACCUGGGCCAUCCACUUCUGCCAGCCCUGGGUGCGGCCAGCCCUGCCCCACAGUGAGUGGGACACCAUUGACAACAUGUUCAAGAUCUAUUUCAAUAAUUUCAUCCACCUGAUCAAUGAAGGGGCCAUACAGAAGGAUGUGCCCUACCCCUUUGUGGCUCAGGUCAUGGCAGGCUGCAAGCUCUACCCCAACAGAACCUCUCGGGUCUUCGUCUAUGUGGGCUACAAUGGACAGGACUUCAUCAGCUUGGACACAGACAAUGCCACCUGGACCCUCUCCCAGGACACCGACCUGGCACGGUACGUCAGGGCUGUCCUCCAGAACGACACCACCCUUGGUGAGGAGGUGGAGGACAUCUUCAACGAUACCUGCAUCAAUGCCAUUGAGAUGUUCCUGAGUUAUGGGAGGGCAGCUCUGGAGAGACAAGAGCUGCCCGUGGCCACGGUCUUUGCCCGCACGCCCAGCCCACACCAGCUGCUGCUGGUUUGCCACGUCACCGCCUUCUACCCCCGGCCCAUCAGUGUGGCCUGGCUGAGGGAUGGCCAGGAGGUGCCUCCGGGCCCGCAGCUCAACACCAGCCCCAUCCUGCCCAACGCUGACCUCACCUACCAGCUCUCCAGCGUCCUGGCCGUGGCCCCCCAGGACGGGCACAGCUACGCCUGCCGCGUGCGCCACCGCAGCCUGGGCACCCGCAGCCUCCUCGUCCCCUGGGGGAGCUCAGAGGUGGUGCUGAUCACAGGGCUCGUGGCCGGGCUGCUGGGAGCCGUGGCUGUUGCUGCCCUGCUGCUGCUUUGGGUGUGGAGAUGCAGGUGAGUCUCCUCCUGCCCCACACAGCAGCAGAGGGAGAGGAGGGGAGGGGAUGCCCCAGGGGAUUUCUGCACUGGGCAGCGGAGCUCUGGCUUCAGCCCUGCCAGCUCCUGUCUGCACCCCUACAAGGUCUCUGCCGUAGAGCAUCCGUGAGCUGUCCCCCUCUCCUUUCAGAAAGCACCAGUGGAAGAGGAACCAGAGUCCAGGAACUCCAUCCUGAGCAAAGAAGCUUAGCCCAGAAGGGAGCCAACUGUCCCCGUUCCCUCUUGUCACCUGUCAGCCAACAGGGACAAGAAUUACCUUUUUCUGCUUCAAGAUUGCAAGACUAACUCGACUCAGAGAUGCAGGGGAGAAACCUGGAUGGCUUCUGACUCACUUGAAUUUGCUAAGCAGACACAGACACAGGUUUGAGACCUCCUCACUUUUUACACCUCUUGUGGCACUGGCUUAGGCACCCACUGAGGCUCUAGGGCACCUAAAUGUCCAGAGGCAAUUUCUCCCACUUCUGGUACAAUAACACUUUUAUCAGUAGGUGGAAAGCUGUACCCUUCCACUUCCAUUUUCUAGGUGAUUUUUUUUCCUAAAAACUGCCUUUAUUAACCAUAUUCCAGAAGUCUUUGUGCUGAGACUGAACUGUUCCACACAGACUAACAGAACCUGGCCACAAAUGGCUUUAUAAACUGCUGAGUAACACUGAAACUCUGGUAUAAU